AUGAGGGGGCGCAACGCACUGAGGACGCCGCAGCUCACGAGUCUUAUCUCAGCAUCUGGCCCCUUGACAGACCAGUCUCAACAACGCAUAGAGAUUCGAAUAUCCGGCCACGAGCUCAAGACACUAAUUGAAGAGCCGCCGAGCAACGAUGAGCUACCUGCGUACAGCCCGCCGACCCAACCACUUCCGGGGUCCUUAUCAACUACAUCUGCCAAGACUGAAGCCAUAACUCCGGCUAGCGAGAGAAGCAAUUGCUUCGAUGAAGAGACACGGGAAGCGCAACAGUCAGGAACAUUGGUCAAUGAUCUGCAUUCUGCGAUCGAGCAGAACGAUUUACGGAAAAUAAAGCACCUCCUGCAAGAGGGCGUAGAUCCAAACGCUCAGUCCGGCCGACUUCAACGCAACGCCCUCCAUCAGACAGCCCUCCACAAUCGCGCGGAAUGUGUGCGCCUACUGGUUGAUAACGGGGCGCUGGUAGAUGCGGAAGAGGGGAAGGGAGACACGGCCCUACAUCUUGCGACAUGGAAAGGCCAUGCGGAAGUCGUAGACGCGCUCCUUACACACGGCGCCGACAUCGACCGACUGAGCGGUCGAGAUGGAAACACGCCGCUAUGGUGCGCGAUCUCGAAAGGGGACUCUGCGUUAACCGAGCUCUUUCUCGACAGGGGUGCCGACCCAGACAUCCGCUCAUCAACAGACCUGCUACCGUUGCAUCACGCUGCUGUGUCUGGUCAAGACAAGCUAUGCAAGCUGCUCGCAGAACACGGCGCGGAUAUCCACUGCCGAGACGGAGAAGGCAAUACUCCGCUGCAUUACGCGGCAACGACCGGCCAAAAAUCCGUCAUUUCUGUGCUCCUGCAUGAAGGAGCGCGACACAGCGAUGUCCAGAACCAGGGCUUGUCUGCCCUCCACUGGGCCGCGCACAAAGGCCACAGGGACGCACUGGAAGCCUUGUUGGAUGGCGAUGCCGAGAAAGAUCUGCUGGCAGACUCCGCCACCACUCCGCUCCACUGCGCCGCGAGCCGCGGACAUCGUGCUUGUGUCAAGCUUCUUCUCGACGCAGGUGCGGACCGCACAAUAUGCACUGCAUCGUGGGAUGGUAACUCUGGCACCGCAGCGGAGCUUGCUCGCGCCAACGGGCACGCGCAGAUCGCAUCGAUGAUACAGUUCUACACUGGCUUGAAGUGA